AUGAAAGACCAUUCGAUAAUAUUUGUGGGGUCGGAGCCUUCGAAAGACAAGGAUUCAGUUACACGCGCCUUAUCGUAUUUCACGAUGCCUGCUGAUGAUCUGCCGAAACGGAUAUUGCUAUCAUUCACUCCGCCACUGCGCUCUAGAUUUGUAUACGUGGACUUCUUGGGACCGUGUUUGGCGUUUAUACUGUUGGCCACGAUACUCGGCUAUGGACAUGCCUACAAAACCCCAUCGGCCAUUUAUCACAGGUCGCCCACCGAAGUGUUGGCCGUGUACUGCCUAUCGAUGCCAGCAAUCUGUUAUAUAUUAACACGUUUAGGAAAGUCUAGUAUAUCUUUUUUGCAAAUAUUGUCAUUGUUAGGGUACGGUCUUUAUGGUUACGUGUUUACUCUUGUUAUUAGUUUUAUAUCGGAUGAAACAAAUAAUGUAAUAUUUUAUCUGGCCAUGAUACUGUUUACCGGUACUAGCGUUUUUAGAACAUGUCUUAUAAUAUUGCUAACUAUUAAAUUACCUGCCAUUAGGCUGUUAGUUUGCAGUAUAAUUGCUAUUUUACAAACACUGUUUGUUGUGUUUUUGUAUUUUACAUUUGUUCAUUCAAGCUUUGCGUUCCACAAACAUUAG